GUCACUUCCUUCGUCCCUUUCGCUUCCAUCUUGCUCCCCGCAUGUGUAUGCAGUUAGUUUACAGGACAGAGAGGAGCUGUAAAGACCUUCUUCCCUGCACUGUCCCCCCCUGAUCCCACGACAAGAGAUGAAAGAAGCAAUUAUGAAUCAAGAAAAACUUGCUAAACUUCAGGCACAAGUCCGCAUCGGUGGAAAGGGGAGCGCUCGCAGAAAGAAGAAGGUUGUACACAGAACAGCAACCGCAGAUGACAAGAAACUUCAGUUCUCCUUAAAGAAACUCGGCGUGAACAAUAUUUCUGGCAUUGAAGAGGUUAACAUGUUCACAAAUCAGGGAACUGUCAUCCACUUCAACAAUCCCAAAGUACAGGCCUCCCUCGCAGCCAACACCUUCACUAUCACCGGCCACGCCGAGACCAAGCAGCUGACAGAGAUGCUGCCUGGCAUCCUGAACCAGCUGGGAGCCGACAGCCUGACCAGCCUGAGGAGGCUGGCAGAGGCCCUGCCCAAACAGGCUACAGAUGGAAAAGCACCGAUUGCAACAGUAGAGGAAGAAGAAGACGAAGUUCCAGAUCUGGUGGAAAAUUUUGACGAGGCUUCCAAGGAUGAAGCAAACUAAAGGAAACGGGACUCCCUCGAGCGUCGAAACUUGACAGGACCAUGCGGGGCACAAGAUGUUUCUUUUUUUUUUUUUCUUAUAUUUGAAGAGGUGGAAGGUUACACAGUUAAAAGUCCUCUAGCACCCAAGUAGACAGAAACUACAGGGUGGGGUUGAUUUGUAGUAUGGGAAACAUCUGAACAACAGUCUUCACUCAAAAGUAACGUGUUUGAGUACUCUUUAGUGAAUUAUUUUGGGGUAAUUUUCUAGAUAGGUAACAGACUUCAGUAAAAUUCAACUGAGGUAGCAGUGUUUCAGUACUUCUUCCACCUCUAGAUUAUUUGUCUCCAGACUCUUCAAAUGCUUUGUGCUCUGUUGAUUUUGUGUCCAGCCUGAGUGAGAGAUGGAGUGUCAAAUGUGGUGUCUAAAGCUCCUGCUGUACGUGUUUCCUCCAUGUUACUGAACGUGGACUCUCUGCAGCCACAACUGCAAUAUCUGGAAUAAACCUUUGCUACUGUCAGC